AUGACAGAGAAGCAGAGAGACAACAUCAAGCAAACAACACAGUCAUCUUCACAUCAUGAUGAUGAUGAUCAUGAAAACACGAUAUCUCAAAUAUCAUACCAUAUUCCUCCCGAGUUGAUCCUCGAGAUAGUCCCGAGACUGCCUUCAGCGAAAUCGAUCGUGAGGUCACGAGCUGUCUCUAAGCUCUGGUCUUCUAUCACCACCACUCCAGAUUUCAUCAACUCGUUCCAGACGCGUUCCUCGCCAUCACGGCCCUGUGUUCUGCUACUCUUUAAAAAACUCGACAAGAUAUUCUUUUUCUUUUCUCCGUUACACCAGAAUAAACCAGAAGAUCAAUAUCCUGAUCAAUUAGAGAAUACAUUCUAUGAUAAUGGUCAUCGCAACCGUUAUGAUUCCGUAAACGGCUUGAUGUGCUUGAAAAGCUCUACACAGUUCGAGAUUUGGAACCCAACCAUGAGACGCGUCGUCUUCAGUUUACCCAAACCGGCUGGAUGUCAUCAGACGACGGGAUCUUUUUUGGGAUAUGAUCCGGUUAACGGUAAAUACAAGGCGGUAUGCAUUUUGACAUUUAACAAGAUUGGCAUUCUUACAUUGGGAGGAGCUCAAGAAUCAUGGAAAAUAAUAUCCAAAGAUAUUCCUGAGCAUGUGCCUGCUCCAGCUCCUGGGCGAUGUAUUAAUGGCGUCAUUUACUACGAGGCUUUUGUACGUACGAACCAUGUGAUAAUGUGCUUUGAUCUCAGAUCUGAAGAGCUGAGUUUGAUUGAGUUUCCGAAUGAUGAGAAGAACCUCGGUAUUUUGUCAUCUUAUGAGGGAAGAUUAGCUUUUAUAAUGAGAUCCAAUAUUGUCUCUGGUGUUGAUUUAUGGAUUUUGGAGGAUGCAGAGAAUCACAAAUGGAUAUUACAACACUUUGGUCCACCUCCUCUUCCUUGCCGAAAAUGGAUGUUGAGAGGUUUUACUGAUGCUGGUGAAUUUAUUUACGUUUAUACACCAGCUUAUACUUAUCAACGCAAAACUGGUGAGGGUGGUAAAUCUAUUUGUACAGUAAAGCCACAAGAGAGUUUGUAUGGAUCCUUCUCUAUUGCGUAUUUUGAUCCCAAGAAAAGCAGUAUAAGGGAAGUUAAGCAUGGAGGAAUUUCAGGUGACGAUAUUAGGCGACUCGAUGAAGUUGGAUUCGAUCUUCGCUUUGAGUUAUCUGUUAUUCCAAAUCACAUUGAGAGUCUCAUUUCAUCUUUGUAA